CCUCCCUCUCUCUCUCUCUCUCUCUCUCUCUCUCUUUUCUGUGUGUGUUUCUCUCUCUCCCCCCCUCUCCCCCCUCCCUUCCCAAGCUCUCCAACAUUAAAGCGAAAAUGCUCCUUUCUGUGCCUCCUCGUGCAGGGAUCGCCACUUUUGGCUACAACAAAAGCAACAAGAAGCAGCCUUAUGUCUCAGUGGCUCAGCAGAUGGCACCCCCGAGUCCUAGUGGCAGCAACAACAACAGCAGCAGCAGCAGCAGCGGGCCGGGUGGCGGAGGUGGCGGCGGGGAUCAGCUGAGCAAAACAAACCUGUACAUCCGGGGUCUGCACCCGGGUACCACUGACCAGGACCUUGUCAAGCUGUGCCAACCGUAUGGCAAAAUUGUCUCCACCAAGGCCAUUCUGGACAAAACAACCAACAAAUGCAAAGGGUAUGGCUUUGUGGAUUUUGACAGCCCCACAGCAGCCCAGAAAGCCGUGACUGCACUGAAGGCUAGUGGGGUGCAGGCCCAGAUGGCCAAGCAACAGGAGCAGGAUCCUACCAACCUGUACUUGUCAAAUUUGCCUCUGGGCAUGGAUGAGGCUGAAUUGGAGUCAAUGCUGAAGCCAUUUGGACAGGUCAUCUCCACACGCAUACUACGUGAUGCUAGUGGCACCAGCCGGGGAGUUGGCUUUGCCAGGAUGGAGUCCACAGAGAAAUGUGAAGCCAUCAUCACCCACUUCAAUGGCAAAUAUAUUAAGACGCCUCCAGGGGUUCCAGCACCCCCAGAUCCAUUGCUCUGCAAAUUUGCCGAUGGUGGCCAGAAGAAGCGCCAGAAUCAAGGCAAAUAUGUGCAGAAUGGACGAGCUUGGCCACGGGAAAGUGACACGGGUGGGAUGACCUUGACCUAUGACCCCACAACGGCACUACAAAAUGGGUUCUACACAACGCCCUACAGCCUGGCUCCCAAUAGGAUGAUUGCCCAGACUGCACUCUCCCCCUAUCUUCCAUCACCUGUUUCCUCCUACCAGGUUCACAGUCCAUCUUGGAUGCACCAUCAGUCGUACCUCAUGCAGCCCACGGGAACAGUGCUAACCCCAACCAUGGACCAUGCGAUUUCCAUCCAGCCCACCUCCAUGAUGGGGCCCCUAGCCCAGCAGCUGGGCCAUCUGUCUCUCAGCAGUGCUGGCGCGUAUAUGCCAGCGGCAGCAGCUAUGCAAGGAGCCUACAUCCCCCAGUACACGCCUGUGCCUUCCUCCAGCGUUGCAGUCGAGGAGAACAGUGGCCAGCAGAGCCAUGUGACAGUGGAGUCCCCAUCGGAUCAUGCUGCCUACUCGUAUCAGUACAACAAGUAAUGACAGCGCAAUUGAGCGACUCAGCCCUGAGCAAUCACUUCACGAGAGACAACUUUUUAAAAAAUUUGUGCUGCGUUUAGAAGACCGAACCAUUUUUUUGUUUUGUUUUUUGUUUGUUUUUUCCUGCAAAGAAAAAGGUUGUUGUUUUUCUCUAAAAACCAAGAAAAUAACCACAAUAGACUUCUGACACCAAGGAACCAAAGGAGGUGAGAGUGGGGGAUGGAGAAGAGAAUACACCCCACCUUUAAAUGUACAGACGGACUGAGGACUAUUUUAAUAUGAGGAAACCAUUUUUGGGCGUGUGUGCGUGUGUGUUUCCGCAUUUAUUUUCUUAACAGCAAAGUCAAGCGCUUUGGAUGCUACAAAGUCCCCAGAGAAGAAAAAUAUAUAUGCAUACCUAUAUAUAUAUGUGUGUGUGUGUGUAUACAAUAUAUAUGUAUAUAUAUAUGUAUAUAUAUAUUUCCCCUCUUUUGGAAAGAUUGCUCCUGGCCUCCUGGAGGAAACGUUUGCUCCUUUGAACUUUUUCUGUUUCGUUUUUGUUUCCUUUCGUCAUUUAAAAAGUUUUUUUUAAAAAAAAGGACAAAUAUGCAAAAGUGUUUGAAUAUUUUUUUGUUGUUUUAUAAGAAAACACUCGGAGAAAAGUCCCACCUCGCAGCCGUAGGAUAAAAAUCAAUGCAGACUUUUUUUUCUUCUUCUUUGAUGGGAUGGGAGGGGGGGAGGGAUUUUGCUUUGAAAGGAUUUAUUUUAUUAUUUCAAGAGGGUGAGUUUUUUUUCUAAAAAAGACAAAUUUACAAAAAAACAAAAAAGGAAAUCUACAAAAAAAAUCUACAAAAAAGGAAAUCUACAAAAAAAAAGUUGAACUUUGAAUGGCAGCAAGAGGGGUUUUGAAUGAAACCUGUCAGGAUGGAGGAAAAGGUUGCGGCUGGUGGCAUCUGGUCAGCUGAAACCUUUUAAAUUUUUGGCAUAAACUCUGCCCCAGCUGAACAAGAGAGAGAGAGAGAGAGAAACAGAGUUUGCUCCAGACCUCGAUUUCUGCCCUCCACCCUGUCCAAUGGGACCGGUUCUUGCUGGAUACUUUGGACUCUGAUUUGAGCUUCUACGCGGACCCUUCUUUGCUUCCACAUGGAUCUUCCCUCCCCCGGCCCUGGAUCAGGGGAACAAUAAACUGAGGAGUCUGCUGCCAGUGAUGUGUCGUCGCUUCUGGAUUCCUGAACAUUGAAUGGACAUGUUGCCAGCUGCAGCGCUUCGCCCCUGGGACACACACCUACACAGUGCCUUCUGCCGCCUGCGGUCCGGACUGUGCUGCCGUAUGCCCCCCUUCGGUUCCUGCAUGCUUGUCACCCGUUCUCUUGACAAGCCAGUUGUGGGGGGGGGGGGGGGGGGGCGGCGGCGAUGAAACUUCUGACUGGUGGGGACUGGGGGAGGUCUGUUCCGGUUGCUUUAAACAAAACAAAACAAAAACCAGGGAGCAUCUAGCACCUUGCAGGGGAUGGCUGUGCUUCCCCCACCCAAAACAGAGAUCCUAGUUACUAUGCACGUUCCCCCCCGCUCCCCUGCAGUCCUUGGUUGCUGGCUCCUCAGAUUCGCAAUAGCAGGAGACUCAUGUGCAAUAAUUUGUCCCUUCCUACAGUGCGUUUCUCUGGAGAGCCUCUUGAAGGUACCAAGUGCUUUAGACACCUCUGUAUGUUUCCUCCCUGUUUCUCCUUUCCCCAACCCCGCCCCAGUUGCUUUCCCCAACCUAAAUGGUGCUAAAAAGUCUCUUACCUUCUUUACCAUCAUAAAAUCUCCCCAAACCGGCUGGCAUGAAGUUGUCCCUUCCACUUGACUCUUAGAAGUUGCUUUGUGAUCAUGGCAAACCUUGCCUUCUCCUCUUCCCCCCACCCCCUUUCUUGGUACCUCCCCCUUUCCCUGCCCAAACACCUUUGAGAAAAUAGCUCUUAUGCAGCUGACAAUCAGGGAGGACUAAUUGCAGAGGCCAUACGGGUGUCAUGUGAGCCAGGGAGAGCAAGAGUGAGUGAGUGAGUGUGUGCAUGCGCGCGUGUGUGUGUACGUCAUAGGAUAGUAUCUAAAGGAGGGAUCCCUGCUUAAUUGGGUUUGUGUAUUUCUCAGGACAUUUUCUUUGUUUUUAAAAAGGAUUUCUAGUACUGUCCUGACUGCGAGUAGGAUCAGGCUUAUCUCGUAAGAAGAGUGCUUGAGGUUUUGGAACCUUAAGGUUAACCAUCCCCCCCCCCCCCCCCCCGCAGAGCUCCCUUGACUUGGUUCUCCCUCUGUGGCAGUCGCCCUCCGUCGUCGCCAGUGGCAGAAGGGGGACCAGCCCUGUAGUGCCUGAGAGACGACCCCUUCAUUAACUCCUCGGAGGCCAGCAAAGAUGGAGAACUUUUAGCAUAAGCUUUUGGGAUCCAUGCCUAAGAUCCACCUUUUACACUUCCUUCUUGAAUCGUAUCAGCUUGAUUGUUUCCCCACAGGUUCCUGAGCUACACUUGAGUGCCUUCAUUUGGGCUUAGGUGGUUUUGAACCCAUCGUGAAUCUAAGGGUUGAAGCUUUUUUGGUAGUGCCAAACCUGUUCGUUUGGGAGUGGCAAAUGGGCAGACGGGUCUUUAAAAUCGGAUCCUGGGUGAUUCUGUGGCUAUUUUAAUGCUCAGCAAAGAGGCCAUUGCUCCUCAGACAGAAGUAGAGCAGAUCUCUCCACCUACACUCCUUUGUCGUCAUUUAUCUGAAUGGCUACAUUCCAGUUGGAACUGGGAAAUUCUCACUCAGUGAAGCAUUGCGCAUCCCAUACGCUGUAUUUCUUCCUCUGAUGAUUGUAUUAUACCCCUAAAAUGCCAGCAACUUUUUUUUUAAAAGGAGUUGUGAUGCAUAGUUCCUUAGGCAUGAAAUUCAUGCUGGCACAGGAGUUGACUGGUAGCUCCAAGGAUCUUCCAGAUACAGACCACAAUCCAAAGAGUACUUGAGAGGAGUGCAAAUGCUUCCUGGUGGGUGGGUGUUGUUGUUUUUUGAGGGGGUCACCUGGCAACAAUUCCCUGCAUUGCAUCAAGAGCUACUCCCAGAGUUCCUCUGUGUUUCACAAACAGGAAAUUGCUACUUUUAAAAGAGGUGGACACGUAUGCAGAGAAGCCGCUCUGCAGAGGCAGAGCCUUCCCAUAUAGUUGUUUGCAACAUGAAACUGGAGGCACAAUUUGCCAUGUAGUUUUCUUGCACCCCACUGAAAUGAAUGGGAGCUACUCCAGAGCAUCUGAGCCAGUUUCUGCCAACCUUUUCUUUUCAAUGGGAUUGCGCCUUAUGGCCACAGAGUCCAAAAUCACCUAGCCUGUUAGGAUGCUAGGCAAUUAGUAGCAUGUAAAUGGCUAAUAGAACCCAAAUUCAGGGAGAAGGGAGGACAGAAAAUGGAGCUAGAAUACAGCUGCAAAAGAGAUUUAAUAUACCAUAGUCCCUUUUUAAACCUCAGUUUUCUGGAAAUGUGAAUUGUUAAUUGAGGGUGAAAGUCGUCUGGUUUAUGUCAGUACUCAUGAUUUUAAUUGCACACAUUUUAGAAAAAGCUUCUGGUCUUAAAUUAAUGGAAGUGGAAAUGCUAGAUAUUUAAUACUGGUUCCCAGGUUCCCAAUGUGUUUAUUCAACCUCUCAGUGCCCAAAAUUUGAUGCUUCAAGAACGGUAAAUGUUUAUCUGGCCCAGUGAUUUUUUAAAAGUCUGACUCUUAUUUAUGUGACCCAUUUUGUGGCAAGAGACAACGUAUGCGUAAUCAUGCUUAACACUAACCAUGUGACUUGUCUUAAUCUUGGUUAAGAUUUCCAACGCUUGUUACCCCUGCAAACCAUAUAUACCAAAUGCCAACAAGAUCUGCUUGUCAUUUUGGAAACAAGAGAGGCAGGGAAUCACUUUAACUGUGGCUCACUUAGUCCAGUGCCUAAUUAUGGUUAAUGCAAACUGUGGUGUGUAAACUUGUUUCAGACCAUGGUUGUACUUUGUGCUCUACAAGCAGCCUUUCAUCACAGAUCACUCAUAUGUUACUUAAUCCCGGUUAAGGAAAACUAACCACCGUUACACAUUAUGUCUGCAUGGAGUCAACCUUUCCUGUUUUUCUAGGGUAAUUCAGCCAAGGCAACACCUGGAAUCAAUCUUUGUAGCACUGGAAAAGAGAGCCCAAACCUGUAAGCCCAGGGAGCUAUCCAGCAAGAGUGGGUUAUAACUAUGGGGGUGGGUCCCAUAAAGUUCAGAGAGGUUUCUUUCCAAAUAAACAUGCAUAAGAUUGAACCACUUAAACUAAUGGAAUUUAAACAAAUGGAUUGAACCAUUUAAAUCAAUGGAAUAGGCACAGCUUUGUAUUUACAUUGCAGUACUCAUCAUCAGACCCACUGAACUGGUGAGAUAUAUCAUUUGGUGCCCUUGGAUACGCAUUAAUUGUCAGAAGCCUCCAGUUGCUGUGUUCAACUAAUUGGUUUACAGCUGGAGUGUGAUUGGGCCAAAAGAACUUCAGGUCUUUGGCUGAUAAAUCAAUUUUGCUUUUGUCUCUUGAUCAUGUCAUAACCCUUUGCAACACUAUUUCUGCCUGCAGAGCUGGGACUGGUAGCUUACUUAGCAGGGUGAGGCGGAGGCAGGUAAUGUGAAAUCUACCUCCUACACACAUUAUCAGUGCUGACAUUUUUAGCACCACCUUCUCAGUCAGAGAGGAACAUUUAAAAAAAACUCUGGAUUGGUGACUGGAUUUUCUUCUCAUUUUAUGUGUUUGGGUCAGGAAGUUGCUGUCUCUUUUUUAAUUGCCUCCCUGAUCUGCCUACUUACCGUGAGGAAACAAGUGCUGGAAUCCAGCAGUUAUUAAAUAUACCAUUUAUCCUAAAGUGGAGCUUCAAGUUCCAUGUCUGAAAUUAACGUGAGAAAACUUGUGUUCCUUUCUGCAUCUUUUUCUCACUUGCUGUCCUGAAAGACAAGGCGCUGGUAUUUGCCCAGGAUUUCACAUAGAAAACACAAGCUGCGGAACAUGCUAAGUGUGCUGAACACUUGUGUCUUCAUGUAAGUGAACCACCUUGGGUGUACAAAUUUCAGCUAGGACAGAUGACACACUUGACACCUCCCCGAUGCUGAAUCCCACAUCCAUUCUUGUUUAGGGUACCCCAUGAAUUACACUCCACUGGAACAGACCAACGCUCCCAUUUCCUGGGUCAAGGCAACAAGCUUAUGGGUUAUCCUGCUCCUGCUUAAUGUCUCUUUGCAAUUUGUUUCUCUGCAGACUGUGUCACCUGUUUUAGCAUCUAGCCUGUGUACGUGAACAUGCAUGGAAAAGCACCCCCACCACAAUUUGCAGAAGACACAAUACCUGUCCCCCCCCCCACAUGCCCAGUUGGUAGUUCCAUCAAGCGCUUGUGUUUGGAGGUCCAAAUGGUGAUAUUGAGAUGUAACUGGGGUGAGGGGGAAGGAGUUGGGCAGUCUCAACCCUGGCCUCUACAUCCAGGUGGCUUCCCCCUCCCCCUUUUCCAUUUGCCAAAGAUACAGAAAAGGAUCAUGAUUUUUCUAAGCAGGAAAGAAACCGAGGAUACUACCUACAGUUGCCUAGUAAGGAUCAAUAGGAUGGAAAAGACAGAAGGGGGAAAAGGACAGGUGGGAGAAUGGCAGAGGCAGGAAGAGAAAGGGGAAAAGGCAGAAGCAGAAAUGGGGCAGAAAGCGAAGAUGCAGUUGUGACGACAGACGGGGGAGUAGAAUGCGUGUGAGAGUGGACGUUGCGGCGUGUGUGAUGUUGUGGAGAUGAGCAAGAGUGUGUGCAGUGGGCAUGGAUGUAGACCACACACUUCGUCGCUGCAAGCUUCCUUGUGGUCCUUAGCCCUGUUCUCGUGCCCACCCCCCUUUUCCCUAAUGCACUUCCAGCUUUCCUCUCCCCAGGAUCCACCAAGGCCCUACGCGUUUGAUCAGAUGAUUCCACUUUCAUUCCAUUCUCCCAUGGCCGGAAGGAAGCAGAGUCGUUCAGCGAGCGCUACGUUCCCGCCAGCCUCAUCGAUACUCUCGGGAGGCUGCAGGGACUAGCUUUAAACAGUUCAUCAUCAUAAGAGCUGGCAGGAAGGCACUAGGCCUUAUCAUUACUCUUGGCCCUUAACCCGAGCCCUAGUUCCAGAACAGCUUCCCAGAGCUUUUUAGCUGGGUUGACGCAGGACGGAGAGGUCAGAUUUGCAGCUCUUCACUGCACUCUGGAUGCCAGUGGUGAGCAGCUGGCGGCAAGCUUGAAACCAUUCUCCGGAAGCCUGAAUGCCGAAGCACAGGGAUUGACUGCGAGGAACUGGGGCGUGGGAGUGCAUCUCUUGAGCUGCUAGAUUUUUAAUCUUGUGCCUUGAUUUCCCCUGUCCCAUUCUGCCAGUGGGGGAACUGCUCCCUGCACUUUAAAACUUCCAGUCCAGAAAAGGCCUUUUCCCGUCCGCUUCUCCCCAGCCUCGUCCUAAUUCAUACCCAUGAGGUCCCCUGUUCUGUGCCCUAGCCUCCCUCUGCAAAGAACACGCGCAUCUUGGCAUCUCCUGAAUCAUGCUUUGCUUUGUCCAGCCAUCCCCCAUCCCCACCCCCAUGCUGGAGGAGGAUGCAAUCAAUUGCCUCUAAGACUGGGCAGACAGCAGAAAAGCCUCAAAUCCCCUCAUCCCUUGGAUGUGCUGGGUAUUUCUUUUUUUAAAAAGCAAGCUAUAUUAACCUGAAACUUCCCCCCCCCCCCCCCCCCCGCCGCCCAUGCUUGCUUCAAAACCUGUCCCCCUUGGAAUUUGUUGGUGCUAUUUAAAAACACCCCGGUUCAGAACUUCCCCUCACCAUUACGCUCACCACUUCCAGUUUUACGUCAUCCAUAGCUUCACAUCUACCUCACAUGUACUUGCAGUUCAUUUGCAUAUCCCGAACCGGCAAACUGCACCUUCUUCAAGGGACCGUCUCCUCCCACCCCCACCCGAAGUAAUUUUUUUUUUCCUGGGAUCUUGUGCUUUGUUUAACGGGGAGAAAGAAGGAGAAUGUUUGUUUUGACAAAAAAAAAUAUCCCUGUGUUGCUGCUAAUUAUUGGGAAGGUUGUUAAUGUACCACCUUGUGCUCCUCUCUUUGUAAAAUGAAUUGUCAAGUUAGUUGAUUUCAUUGGAAUGGAAAUGGUUUGUCCAAGGUGUGUGUGUGUGGGGGGGGGGGGGAGGCAUAGUUUUAUGGCCGCUAUGUGGAACCCUAACCACAGCAAGAAUGGAUAAUAAAACUGCUUCCUUUUUUUGCUCAGCCCUUGCACUUCAAAGCCUUUAUGGCUGCAUUGCUUACACUGGAACAUAGGACGAAAGAUUUCCAUCUAGAAGAGAGGUCUAGGGAUGGCGUUGACUAUCAUUUCCGACCACUGCGCCUCGGCCUUCUCUUUCCAAAAACAGACUUGCCAAAGCAAGACAGUGGCUUUUCAUGACCCAUCCUGGGAAUGCUUGAACCAUCGAGGACCCAGCAAAGGGAGCCAUGAUUGCUUUAAGACUCCACACCCUUUUAACUUUAGCCAACUAUUGGAAUUCACAGGAGGGCUAGUCUCACCAACAGGAGGGGAGCCAGUGGCCCCCAAGUGGCCCAGGUCAUGAUUCCAAAUUUUAAGUCUCUUGCCCUCAAGGUGAAGAGACCAGCCUAACAAGGUUGUCAUAAUCUGUUUUUUUUUUUAAAAAAAAGAAUAGGUUACAAGUAGACAGGUCUGUAAAUUAUGUUUAGUAUCAUGGUGCUGUCCAAACUUCCCCAAGCACCUCGAUCUGGCUGAUAAAGGCAAACAGGCAGCCAAAUCAACCAUCAGUGGAACCUGUAAGCCACACCCUCCCAGACGACUGUAAAGUAGGACACCUUGGAAUGACAUUUACAUCCAAGGGGAAAUGAUGCUCCUGCCAAACACCUGUUCUUCAGCUCAACAACCAGUGUGUAAUACAGCAACAUCCAUAUGGGCCACAGGCAGUCUUGAAUAGGCCUGCUGGCAAUCUAAUCACACCCCAGUUCUAUUUCAGCUGGGCAUGCAAGUCUCCGGUUCCAUUCUUCUUUUGCUGCUUUGAGUGCCAGGUUCUUGUUGUUCCAGGGAAGCCACCCACAGAGAGCUGUGUCAUCUGGGAGAGGGGACAGAGGUGAUAUUUUGUCUUCCAACAGCGUCACUUUGUUAAUGGAGGAGGUGAAACGGUCCAUGCAGUUAAGACUUAGCAUUUCAGUGGCCAUUAAAUAGUGAAAGGACAGAAUUUUGAAUAUUAAAACGCCAGGAAAAAAUAUACAUAAAAUGGUCACUCUUGAAGGCAACACUCUUUCUUCCUGCAUGUCUUCCCCAUUCUUAGCAGGAGAGGCCACAGGUGGGUUGAAACCAACACGAGUGGUCCAGCCUACUUGACACCAUCACCAUUUGGCUGCCCCCUUUGCUCUGGAGCCAUGAGCCCUUUCACUGAGUCAUUUUGAAGGCUGCAAUGAUGCCUUGCCCUGUAGCAGACUGCCAUUUAAAGCAAUACCCACCCAACCUAAGCAACAUCUAUCUCAAGCUAGUUUCUGUCUAGAGCAGGUUACACCUAACAUGCUUUAAAAUCCAUAGCAGCCUUUCUAAACAACGUUGGAAUUUACGUCAUCUGACCUUUUAAAAAAACAAGUGACACACUUGCCAUGGAGUCUUGUGCACGGGUCUUUUGUCAGCCCUUUCAGUGUUCAACGCAAUGGGGACGCAGCAACAACUUGCCUCCGGCUCCAUUUCCGACUCAAGCGCCAACCUGUUUUGAAACAACUAGAACUCUCCAAUAGGCCACUUCCCUUCCGCGCUUCCAUUGACUACAGAUACAGUGAGAGUUCUUGAACCUUCACCAGACUUCACAACUAAUUUUACCUGCUCGUUUUAUUUAUGUACUUAGGAAUUUGUACAGGUUUUUUUUUAAUAGUUUUGUACCUUCCAUGCUACAGCCAGGCCUGUUUCUCUCUCUCCACCCCAUACACCUUUUCCCCUAUAGAGCUCUGACUGGUCUCAUUUUGAGCAAUUUUUGUUAUUAAAUAAAAAGGUGAAAAAAUA